CUCUUGCCAAAAUAGCAAGUAAUGAAAAUGAGCUAGCCAAAGCACGGUAUGAGGCCAAUGGACUCCAUGACAAGAUGCUCAAAUUAGAGACUGCCAUUUAUGUUGUUUUUUGGCAUGACAUUCUUGGCCGAGUUGAUGCUACAAGUAACACACUGCAAGACCCAAAACUUGAUCUGAACACAGCAGUAGCAGUGUUGAAGUCCUUGGAAUGUUUUGUACGUGAAAAGCGAGAGUGCUUUCAUGUUUAUGAGAAGAAGGGACAGGACUUAUCUGGAACCGAUGAAUAUUCUCCACCACGCAUUCGUCACCGCAAUGUGGGCCUGAAUCCGUUGGAUUAUGGACGAUCUGAGGAAGUAUCUCUUUCUCACUCUGAAAAGUUUCGUGUUGAUAAUUUUCUUCCAGUAAUUGAUCAGUUUUUGAGUUCCCUUAAUCAACGUUUGAAGGCCUACGAGAACACCUGUUCCCUUUUCGGUUUCUUAUCUGGACUGGAAUCACUGAGCUGUACUGAAAUAGAAGCAGCUGCAGUAGAAUUAGUUUGUGAAUAUAAAGAUGAUCUGGAUCAAUCACUUGGUGUUGAACUUGUACAGUUUGCAGAUUUUUUCACCCAGUUUCUGGAUGUUUAUGUUAAGACUGAUAGCUUUGGGAAGGAACAUUUCCUUUACAAAUUGCUGCUAGACAAGAAAGUUGCAGAUACUUUUCCUAAUGUUAAGAUAAUGCUACGGAUGUACUUGGUGCUUAUGGUCACAAAUUGCUCUGGAGAACGUCCAUUCAGCAAAAUGAAGUAUAUCAAAAACAGACUUCGUACUACAAUGCAUCAUGAUCGACUCAGUCACCUGGCUUUGAUGAGCAUUGAGUAUGACAUCCUCAGAGACAUUGACUUUGACAUAUUGAUCACCAAAUUUGCAAGGGCCAAGUCUCGUAAAGUGUCUGGUCUGUAAAUACAGAUACCGCUAUACUUUUUCUAUUCUACGAAGAAACUUUGGUUUUGAUUUUAAGAUUGGCGGCACUGAGUGUGGGUCAUGCUUCCUAAUCACCUUCGAAAAAUGGUCAGUUUGUACAGUCAGGUGUGAAGAGUCCUGAUGAGUGAAGGCAAACUAACAUAUUUAGAUUUAUGGUAAUAAAACAUAUGCUAUUUAUUUGAAAUUGCUUUUCAUAAUCCUUUUAUACUAGAGUGUACAGAGUCAGGAGAGGUCAUAUUGCACACGUGAUUAAGAUGACCAAAAUUCAUUACUGGCAGGACCGGCAAUGAUGAUUUCCCGGUGGAGCUUACAGAGGCCCCAGGUGAGGCUUGCUUCGCUUACCACCCGCCUCAAGCAGGGUGGGCCUCCACACAUAGAUUGUCCAGGGGCCUUCACAUGUCUGAGUGUCAGACUGGGUAAAAUCUGAUAAACCAUUGAUUUACCAGGAUUGGAAAGGAGAAUGGGCCUCGGUGCCAACAACAAAUAAACUUAAAAACAUAAAAACUGACGUGUAUGCAUGGAGGACAUCCUCACAGGAGGAAAGAUCAAAAGAGUUGAUCCUAGCAAGGCCCCAUAUAUAUAGGACACACAAGAUUCUCGCAUGGUCACUUGAUGUCAACGCCACAUGCUGGCCCAAUGAAGUGUAGCAGAUGUCAAACACCCAUGACAGUACAGCAUUUACUUGUUGAGUGCCCAAAUUGGACCCAACAAAGAACUAUUUAUCUACGGAAUUCAAAAAUGAAAAGUAUUCUGGCUGAAAGCAAAGAUUUUUCAAUUAAUAACAUCAUAAAUUUUUUUUAAAUAAGAUAGGUUUCUCAAAUAAAGUCUAAUUUUUUUUUCUCAGGAUUGAUCCCUGAGAACCAGCCCGAGAAGAGUCUACUUGAGACUCAGAGGUCUGGAAAAACUAACCCCUAUUAAUAGUAAUAAUCCAGUUCUAAUUCAGUUGAUAAAGGCUGUAUACGUAGAUAAUUGGU